UGUCCACCGAUAGGAAAGCGUCAGAUUGUGAAUCUUCCAGAUAGGAGUCGGGAAGAUACCGGAAAACAAAUAUCAGUGUCAAUGUUUGGUUCAGCACCCUGCAUACUGGAUACAAGACAUGAAAUGCAUUCAAUCUCAGUAGGAGGAGGGCUGUUUGUUGUAGGUGUGGCAAGGGGAGUGGCCGACCUUCAUGCUGAGAGGUCACAGCGGAGGAGCCCCAUGGAUGAGGCAAGGUGUGCCUGCAUCAUGGAAUGGGGAUGCUUGACAUCGGCAAUGAAAAGAAAACAGGAUGGAUCCUGCUUUCAACCAGACACUGGGAGAUGAAUUCACCUUUCAGCAGGACAAUAACCGGUCAGUGCAAGAGGGCGGGACCAGUGGUAUCAGAGGGUCAGGAGGGCGGGGUCGACCUCCACUACAACCAAUCAGACCCCUCGGAACCAAAUCAGGUCUCCGCCCACCAAAACCAGAACUUGACACAGACUCAACUAGAUGAUGGUCAGAGGGUUGGAUGUGACUCCAUUGAACAAGACUCUUUAAAGGGCAAUAGGGAUGAAGAGGAGGAAGAUGGUGAUAGAAAGAUGAAGGGAGAGGAAGAUUAUGGUGUGAUAGUGGAAGAAGAGGAGAAGGACAGCGUGACAGCACCCGACACUCCUCUGACUGACUCCUCCUCAGACACAGGCAGUUUGGUAGAGCUCCACCCCUCUGUGUCUCCAGAGACUACAUGUCCCAUCAGCCCCGUAGCAGGUAGUCCAGACGAACCCUCCUACAGUAACCCUGAAGGGAAGACGCACACCUCCACCACAGAACCUAUCACCUCCACCACAAAACGUACCAACUCCGCCACAGAACCUAUCACCUCCACCACAGAACCUACCACCUCCACCACAGAGCCUACAGGACCCACCUCCACCACAGAACCUACCACCUCCACCACAGAGCCUAGCACUGACCUCCUAGCCUCCCCACAGGAGCUAGGGGAAUGUCAAGAUCACUCCCACCUUCCUCAGUCCCUCCAUCAGAUAGCUGAGGCCUUUGUCCUCCAGGAAGAUUAUGAGCGAGCAGUGUGCUGUGUUCAGCUGGAGAGACUCUACCACCAGAGACGACUACACAACCUGACAACACUCCAGGAACAGUGGGAGAGGAGGUGUAGGUCAGACGGUCAGGGAGAGAGGAACAGUAACACUGACCUGGCUGCACAGCAACUGGACAGACUUGCAUACAUCUGCAAAACACACCAACGACCCAGUCCUGGAGCAGAGAAGUGUGAGGCUGUGGACUCUGUCUCUGUGCGUGUUGAAGAGAGAUAUCCUUCACACAGCUCAGUUGGGUGUGCAUCAGGGAUGGAGGAGGACCAUAGAGUAACAGACUCCACCCUCUCCCAGAGCAUCUACCCAAUCAAAUCAGCUGCAGCCCUGAUGAACAGCCUUUGCUUUAAUGACUUUGCAGCUCUGGACGUGGCACAGAACAGCAGAGACUCCAAGAGGAUUGGGGGUUUCCAUAGAGACUGUCUUAUUGACGGCUCCCUUGCUAAAGGGGAGGAGAGGGAGGGCAGGGCUGAGUUCACAGACUGUCGGAGCCAAGGAACAGGACAGCAGACUGAGAGAGAGAUGGAACACACCACUCAGGAGGGAAACGCUGGGCAUGACCCUCCUACGGAUGGGGAAAUUAGCCGAUCCAAGCCUGAGGAGCGUCUGGGAGGAGAGGAAGAACAGGAGGAGGUGGAAGAAGCAGAGGAGGAGAAGGAUAGUGACGUGUGUUUUAAAGCUCUAGAGCAGAUCUCAGUCUUGGCAGUGAAGGAGCAGCUCACACUGGAGGAGGUGCAGCAGGAGGAGAGCCAGAUUGAAGAGCUGUGCGAGGAGUAUGUUCAGGAAGAAGACAUGUUUGUUGUGGAGAUUAUUAGAGAUGGAGCUGCGUCUCUCGACGGCCUGGCCAAACUCAUCACAGUGGAGAUGACCCCUGCCCCUAGCCUGGUGUCCAUCCUGAAGAGGAGGAGGAGUGUGUGUGUGGAGAAUGUGUGUGUUGCUCCCUCCUCGGCCCUGCACAAACAUCCUGCUAAGCGCAGGGUCCGCUUCAAAGUACCUGAUGACGGCUUUGACCAGGACCAGGUGGGCGGAGACUCGUGCCUGCUCCUCUUCCUGCUCUGCCUGGUCACCGUGGUGAUCAGCCUGGGAGGCACUGCCCUCUACUGUGCUCUGGGCAACGCCCACUCCACCAUCUGCACCGACUUUUCUCGGAACACGGACUUCUACCUCGCACAGCUGCAUCGUGGAAUGGAUCAGCUCCGACACUGGCUGACCCCUGGGUUUUAGCUGACCCCCAAGGAAGAGAGAAGAUAGGAGGAUACUUUCCUUUCUCCAACUUGGACAGGAUUUCUCUCCAUGUCCUCCCGUUUUCCUAUCUCUCUCUCUGUCUUCACUGGCUGACCAGUUAAUGUGUGUGAUGGGAAGUGUAUGUGGUACUAGUAGCCUGCAACCACACUAACAGCAGCCUAAGACAUCUGCAGCGCUGCCUAGUAGAACUGACAUAGGACCUGUAAUAUACUGGACUACCUAUAGAUUUUAACUAUACACUACUGGACAUAGACCGACUCGGUGUCAGCCCAGAGGAAGGGAUAGACUGAGCUAGACUCAUUACCACUUACCUUGGAUCCGCUCACUUCUACAUGGAGACGUCUGGAUCCUUCAGGCAUGGACAAGACCGCUCACAUGCGCAAACAAGAAGCGGCCGGUCAGCCUUUUUAUGAAACCGCCGCGGCUCUUUGUUUAUGGACUCCAUUUCGAAUGUGAACAAUUCUGCUGUGGUCAGAAACAUGAAAUAAUGUCUUAAAAAAUAUUAUAUUAAUGAACGUUUUGUUUUAAUGAAACAGAUUUUACUUUUCUUUAUGUUCCUGACUGUUGAUUCUUACGGAGUAUGUCAGGGUGUUUCUUUGGGCUGAAGUUAGAGGUUGCCCCUAACCACAGAUCUGAGAUCAAAUCUUAACCUUAUCCUCAACCAGAAGGGGGAGGAAAUAUGACUCUGUAUCAGUAGUAAGGGCCAACUUCUACAACUUCUGUUUGAGGGUGUCUGGGAUUAUUGGGUUGUUUUGGGGUACAGGUUGUAACAUUGGCCCUUGAUGGUCCUCAAUGACCAUAUAUGCAACAUGGACAAGAAACCAAUACGUCUGUAAUCGUGUUCAAGAAUGUUUAGCGUCCUAAGGAUCAGGUCGGUACUAGAAGAGGAAUAUCUGUUGAGCUGAGAAUUGUCUUUGCUCAGGCAUGUGUAUAUUUAUCUUUAUUUUAAAAUAAUUAUGCGCAUGAUCAGUAUUACACCGAGUGCAUUACCUCCUGCGAUCAAUGGACUUGAUUGAUUUUUACUUAUUAUAAUUUGUGCUCAUUGUUAUUUAUUUUAAUUUCAGGCUUUUUAUUAGUCUAUUUAAUCUAUGAUCAAAUCAAAUGUAUUUAUAUAGCCCUUCUUACAUCAGCUGAUGUCAAAGUGCUGUACAGAAACCCAGCCUAAAACCACAAACAGCAAACAAUGCAGGUGUAGAAGCACGGUGGCUUGGAAAAAUUCCCUAGAAAGGCCAAAACCUAGGAAGAAACCUAGAGAGGAACCAGACUGGCUGUACCGGGUGGAGA